AUAAAAUCUCUGGACUGCCUGAUCACUCCUGUCAGUAAGAAGGAUCACCAUGAAUCCAGUUGUGGUCUUGGUACUCAGUCUUGCCUUUCUUCUUCUUCUCUCAUUGUGGAGACAGCGCUCUGGAAGAGGAAAGCUCCCUCCUGGCCCUAUUCCUCUGCCAAUUAUUGGCAACUUCCUCCAGAUUGAUAUGAAUGACACCAGCCAAUCCUUAGCCAAGUUUUCUAAAACCUAUGGCCCAGUGUUCACUCUGUAUUUUGGCUCAAAGCCUACUGUGGUAUUCCAUGGAUAUAAAGCAGUGAAAGAAGCCCUCAUUGAUCAUGGGGAAGAGUUCUCUGAAAGAGGAUGGUCCCCAAUUUUUGAUGAGGUUUCUGAAGGCCAGGACAUUGGUUUUUCCCAUGGAAAUGUAUGGAAACUCACAAGACAAUUCACGCUCACUACCCUGAGGAAUUUGGGUAUGGGGAAAAAGACAGUUGAGGCCAGAGUGCAAGAAGAAGCACAGUGGCUUAUGAAAGAACUAAAGAAAACCAAUGGCUUACCAUGUGAUCCUCAAUUCAUCAUAGGAUGUGCUCCCUGCAAUGUCUUGUGCUCCAUUAUUUUCCAAAAUCGUUUUAGUUAUGAAGAUAAGGAUUUUCUCAGCUUGAUAGAAAAAUUGAAGGAGUGCAUUACGUUACUGAGAUCUCCCUGGUUUCAGGUUUGCAAUGCAUUCCCUAUACUUCUUGAUUACUGUCCAGGAAGUCAUAACAUAUUUUUUAAAAAUUAUACAUAUAUUAAGAGUUGCAUUUUGGAGAAAAUGAAAGAACAUGAAGAAUUGUUGGAUGUUAUAAAUCCUCAGGACUUCAUUGAUUACUUACUAAUUCAAAGACUUAAGGAAAAUGGCAAUCAGCAGUUGAACUAUACACUGGAACAGCUGGCAUCAUUUGUGACUAAACUGUUUUUUGGUGGGACAGAGCCUUUAAGCUUAACAAUAAGAUUUGCUCUCCUGCUCUUGAUAAAGCACCCACACAUCACAGAUAAAGUCCAGGAAGAGAUUAACCGUGUAAUUGGGAGGCACCGUAGCCCCUGUAUGCAGGACAGGAGGCACAUGCCCUACACAAAUGCCAUGGUACACGAGGUCCAGAGAUUCAUUGGCAUUUCCCCAAACAAUGUGAUCCAUGAAGUGAUAUGUGACACUAAAUUCAGAAAAUACAUCAUACCCAAGGGAACAAGAGUAAUAGCAUCACUGUCAUCAGUGCUGCAUGACAGUAAGGAGUUCCCCAACCCAGAGAUGUUUGACCCUGGCCACUUUCUAGAUGGGAAUGGAAACUUUAAGAAAAGUGACUACUUCAUGCCUUUCUCAACAGGAAAACGGAUGUGUGUGGGAGAAAGCCUUGCCCGCAUGGAGCUUUUUCUAUUCCUGACCACUAUUUUACAGAAUUUCAAUCUGAAAUUUCUGGAUGACCCAAAGAAUAUUGAUAUAAAACCAGGUUGUGGACUUUCUUCUAUGCCUUCCAAUUUCCAGAUGUGCUUCAUCCCUGUCUAA